AUAAUGCUAAGCCACUGGUUAGCAUCCACAAAUUUUAAGAAAACUAGGUAGCAUAUUGUUCGUUGACUCUGAUUACAAACCAAAGGCCAAAGAUAAGAGCAACUCUACUUGUCUUGUCCACAAUGCUCCAAGUUCCACAGUUUCCUCUUUUCACUUGGCUGUCCUUCCUGUUUAUCCUGGUUAUUUGUUGGAAGAGAUCUAAAGCCAAGGCCAAAUCCACAAAUUGCCUCCUGGGCCAUGGAAACUACCUCUUAUAGGGAAUUUGCACCAGCUUGUUUUCUCGCUACCACAUCGAUCCUUGAGAGACUUAGCCAAGAAACAUGGACCCAUUAUGCAACUUCAGCUGGGUGAGGUGUUGGCUAUAAUUAUUUCAUCACCAAAAGUAGCUGAAGAGGUUCUGAAAACACAUGAUGCUGCUUUUGCAAAUAGGCCAAGUGUUCUUGCUUCUGAAAUUGUGUGCUAUGAUUCAAGCAUUGUCUUUGCUCCCUAUGGUGAUUAUUGGAGACAAAUGCGAAAGAUCUGUGUUCUUGAGCUCCUAAGUACCAAGCGAGUCCAGUCAUUUAAGACAAUAAGAGAAGAAGAGGUAUGGAAUCUCAUUGAAUCCAUUUCCUUGUCACAGGGACUUCCAAUCAAUCUUAGUGAGAAAAUCUUCACCACCUCAUAUUGUAUAACUUCCAGAGCAGCAUUUGGGAAGAAGUGCAAAUAUGAACAAGAAUUCUUAUCGUUAAUCAAGAAAUCGUUUAAUCUCAGUGGAGGUUUUGAUGUGCCUGAUUUGUUCCCAUCACUGAAGUUCCUUAGCUUCCUUACUGGGAUGAGGCCUGCAUUGGAGAAACUGCACAAAAAGCUAGACAAGAUUCUCGAUGAAAUAAUCAAUGAGCAUAAGAUGAAAAGAAGUACUAACAUUUCAGCUAGCAAACAUGAACCUGCUGGUGGUGAUCAUGAUGAUCUAGUUGAUGUGCUUUUGAAACUUCAGGAGAUGAGUGACCUUGAAUUUGACAUCACUAGCAACCAGAUUAAAGCUGUAACUCAGGAUGUUUUCUCUGGAGCAAGUGAGAGUUCAGCAUCUACAAUAGAAUGGGCAAUGUCAGAAUUAUUGAGAAACCCAAGAGUUAUGGAGAAGGCACAAAACGAAGUGCGACAAAUCCUUAAAGGGAGGAGAAAUGUUGAUGAAACAGACAUUCAAAAACUAGAUUACUUGAAAUUAGUUGUGAAGGAAACUUUGCGAUUACACCCUCCUGGUGCCUUGUACCCAAGAGAAUCAAGAGAAAAAUGUGAAAUUAAUGGGUAUGAGAUACCAAGCAACACAAAAGUAAUCAUUAAUGCAUGGGCUAUUGGUAGAGAUCCUGCAUACUGGAUUGAUGCAGAUUGCUUUCAUCCUGAGAGAUUUCAAGGUUCCUCUGUUGAUUUUAAAGGGACCAACUUUGAAUUCAUUCCAUGUGGAAGUGGUAGGAGGGUAUGUCCAGGUAUAUCAUUUGCUCUUGCUAAUGUUGAACUUGUUCUUUCUCAAUUGCUGCAUCACUUCACUUGGAAGCUCCCCACUAAAAUCAAUCUAGAAGAACUUGACAUGUCCGAGUCUUUCGGAUUAUCUUGCAGGCGAAGGAAUGAUUUGUACCUAAUUGCCACUCCUUGGACAGACUAGUAUUGUAU